CACACUGGCCGGUCCCUGCACCCCACUGUCCGACGUAACACGCAAGAAAAGGGCCCAAAUGAUGAGGUUUGGAUGUUUUUCUAGGUGUACCAAGCAGUUACCCUAAAUAUGAUGCUCAGAUACCUGGCGAUCCGCGGUUUUGUUUUUGCCCGCUAUUUUCUACGGAGCAAGCGACACUCUCUCUCAAGUGGCGAAGGCACGACCAUUGACGGCAGCCAGCCCAGCUGAGACGAAAACAAUCGAGUAUAUUCAAACAAGUGAACGCAACUCGAUAAAAUAUGUCUCGAAAUACGGAAAUAAAUAAAACGACCUAUACUCCUACGGGACAAGAAGCUGUGGAAGAGCAGAAAAGCUUCCAGAGGGUGAUUAAUUCCUUCAGGGCGUACAAAAUCCACUCUCAUAGGCGUGCUCGAAAACCUAUGCUUGUGAUUGAUAAAAUGGUACCGCGCCAUCAGCGCUUUCUGGAGGACUACAGAAAACAUUUAGAGCAGGUACUAGUAUCACUCGAUCACAACGCUGAGUUCUUGAAAGAGCUGACAGUGGACGUGGAAAAGAUGUUUGAAAAUCAAGAAGUUCGUGAGGUGGAUCCCCGGAUUACACACGAGUUAGCCCCGUCCGAAGCUGACAUGGAUAAAGUCCGCAGUGUUCUGAAGCAGUUUUGUAGGGAAUGGAGCGAGGCCGGUCGUAUAGAACGAGAACAGUCUUUUGAGCCACUAAUUCGAGAAUUAGAGCAGUUAUUUCCGGAGGGAACACGGGAUGAAGUUCGGGUCCUAGUUCCUGGCGCUGGGCUUGGCCGACUCCCGUACGAAUUGGCUGUCCGCGGGUUCGCCUGUCAAGGCAACGAAUAUUCGUUUUUCAUGUUAUGUGGUUCCUGCUUUGUCCUCAAUCGCUGUAAACAAGUGAAUAUGUUUACAAUUUACCCAUAUGUUCAUCAAUUCACGAAUAACAUGCGUAACGCAGAUCAAGUUCGGAGCGUCACCGUACCUGACGUCAAUCCGGCCGAAGCUGGAAUUAAUCCAAAUUUUUCAAUGGCGGCCGGGAACUUCGUUGAGGUUUAUUCAGAACAGCCAGACACGUGGGACGCGGUGGUCACGUGCUUUUUCAUUGACACUGCUCAAAAUGUUAUUGAAUACAUUGAAACUAUACACAAGUGCCUCAGGCCGGGUGGGUACUGGUUGAAUUUAGGACCACUUAUGUAUCAUUAUGCCGACAUGUUGAAGGAAGAGAGCAUUGAGCCUAGCUUUGAAGACAUCAAAUCUAUUAGCCAGGAGAUUGGUUUUGAAAUAAUUAGAGACAAAACAGGUUUAAAAUCGUCGUACUGCACAAAUGGAGAAAGCAUGCUUCGGUAUGAGUACAGUAGCAUCUUUAUGUUAUGCAGAAAACGGAAACAAUCUCAGAAUAAUUAUAUAAUUAGUUGCACGAGAAAAGGACCGCAGUAUUCACACGCUUAAUACUUUCCAAAUUAAAAUUUUUUUUUUUUUAAACAAGGUGAAAUAAUCGUGAUGACAAUAGCUCACUGCUGCAUCAAGUCGGAUUGUACAAGCAAACAAUAAUACUACUGAAAACUAGAAGAACUUGCGGGGCGGGUUGUCUGAAAGGAGAACGUAUGGGUCAUAAGUGAUGGGUCUAUGUCAUAGGUUCAAAUUUUCAUAAUUUCAAAUUUUACAAAUUGGUUUUAUUCUAGAAAUACGGCUCUAAGAACAAUAAGUGUUAAAUAGAUAGGUGAACAAAUUGUAAUAUUAGUAAAAAGACGUAAUAAAUAUGAAUUGUAAGUAGCAAUGAUUUAACUAC